ACCUGGGACUGGGAGGCUGGGAAUCCCGGCAGGCAAAGCGAAAGCAUCCGCGCGAGAGGCGUCGCGUGUUCCUUGCUUCGUCCUCACGUGCCGUGGCCCUUCCGCUUCCCCCGUAUCCGCCCGUCCUGUUCCCGCCCCGAGCGAACCGGCGGCGGCGGAGGCGAUGCAGCACGAGCCGUGGCGGCCUGGCGCUGAGCCCGCCGCCGGGGCUGGGGCGGGCCCUGCUCCCACCACCGUCGACGAGGCAUCCAUGGAGCGGAGCAUGAGCUUCGUCAAGGCGCUUCAGGAGCUCAAGAACCUGCGCCCGCAGCUCUACUCGGCCUCCGAGUACUGCGAGAAGUCCUACCUCCGCAGCGAACAGAAGCAAGUGGUGCUGGACAACAUGAAAGAUUACGCUGUCAGGGCCCUGGUCAACGCUGUCGACCAUCUUGGCACAGUGGCCUACAAGCUGACAGACCUAUACGAAGAGCAGGCUUCAGAAAUAACAACCCUCGAGUUGAAAGUAGCAUGCUUGAACCAGCAAGUCCGUACCUGCCAGACAUACACGGACAAAGAAGGCCUCAGACAACAGCAGAUGAUGGGGGCUGCCAGAAGACACCAUAACCAUUACAUCGUACCAUAUGCGGGAAACAAAAGAAUGCAGGCCUUCUCUGUUACGCAAGCCGAUGCUGAUUUCGACCCAACGCCAAGGCCUUUCUCUUCAGCAAGGACCCUUGAGUGGCAUUUGGUUUCCGAGAAGAAUUCCAAAACCAGUAGACCAGAUCAGUCUGAAAUUGCCUUAGGAGAAACAAAAACUACUAAGGCUUCGUCAAGUGGUUUCCGCCUUCUCGGCAAGGAAUCAUCUGCAUCUCCCUUGUCCAGGAAUGUGCAGUCCAACAUAACCAGUUUGGAUAUUGUCAGUGCCGGCAUGAAGGAUCAGCCCACGACCAGGCACUUGUCAUCGUUCAGUUCUUUGGACAACCCCAGGGGCCGACAAAUCCAGAAGGCUCCGCUUCGCACAAAAAGUAUGCUAGCCGCUUUCUUUGUCAAACACAGAUCAGCAAAGAUGAAAAACGUCUCUGUGCGUUGAUCAACUGCAAGCCAAGCCUGUAGUUUGCUCCAGCCAAACCGACGUGGAAGUGUUAAGGGCAUGAGAUGUAUACAUGUUUGUAUAUGGUAUUUGGGUCUUGUAUGCUAGUGCUCUAGAGAUAAACCUUUACGGAUGCGCUUUCAAUCUAGAGUCUUUGGCAUCUUGCUCAUGACCUUAAUGUAAUGAUUUAUAUGGAUAUAUAUUACUAGUUUUAU